AUGUUUUCUAAAUGUGCGAUACCCUCCGCCCUCUGUUUUGUGCUCAUAGAACUAACCCGUCCUGUAGUUGUGUAUCUCAUACCUGCUUUCUUAUCCGUCGUAACCGGAACUCUGUUGCCGCGUAGUGCAGACGCCCCUGCUGGCCUAUCAUCCGUUCGGUCAUUGGAUGCACGUGCUGUCGCGCCUACGCUCGACUUUCACAACUCUACCUGGAUUUGGACGGGAGAGAAACCAAUGCCUCUCGGAGUACGACCCUUCCGCAAGACAAUCCCGGCUUCAAAGACCAAGUGCCCCGUAUGCGCGACUAUCCUCAUAUCUAGUGAUGACACUUAUUCCAUCGUUGUCAAUGGCGCAGAGAUUGGAUCAGGGAAUGGUUGGGGUCAGCCAGCUGUCUAUACUGCUGCUCUACAGCCUGAAAACGAAAAUGUCUUUGCCAUCGCUAUGAACAACCUAUAUGUAAACGCCGCGUCGCUUAUAGUCACAAUCCAUGUUGAUUACAAAGAUGGCACCUCGGAGACCAUCGUCACUGACAAUACCUGGAAGACACUCAAAACGGUACCACCUUCGGGCUGGGCGAAUCCAAAUUUCAAUGAUUCUGCAUGGGGUAACGCGGUAUCGAUUCUGGCAGGGACAAGUACACCUUGGGGCCAGCCGUUUGUACUACCGCCGGUGAUGAACAUGACGGGUAGGAGGGAGAUCUGGACCAACGAAAGUAACGCACAGGGGACUGCGCCUGUUGGACAUAGGCCCUUCCGCAAGACUAUCACUUCGCCCUACGGGAAAGCUGCUGUCUGUGGAAAGGUGGUUAUCACUGCGGACAACGCAUAUACUUUGUAUGUCAACGGUGAUAACAUUGGCAGCGGGCGAGCUUGGAGAUCCAUGCAAGCAUAUUCGAUCCCACGGUUGGAUUCGGACGUAAAUGACGUUGUUGUCGAUGGCGAGAAUGUUACGCCCAAUUCCAGAGCUUGGGUUGCUGCCGGGAUAUUGAUUGCAUACAACGACGGGUCGUCGGAGAGGUAUUAUACGGAUGCCUCGUGGAAAACGUUGAACUCUGCGCCUUCUGCCGGUUUUGAGCAAGCAGGUACUGACGAUAGCUCUUGGAUGAGUGCGACUGAUUUGGGGCCUUUCUCUGAGUCAGGAGAGACGGUUCCGCGGGCUUAG